UCCAACUGGCAUCCUUGAGACCGGCCUAUUCCAGCACGCAGCCAAUACAGUGGGGAAAUCCUUGUUCGGGAUUUCCCCGCGUACAAACCCAAAUCUUCAGGUCUUUAGAAGCUAUUUAAUUAUGGUGCUUUAGUUGCUGCCUUCUGAAUAACUCCGUGUUAAGCUUUGCUGUGGAGCCUGGGAGGAUUCCUCAUGGAUACGCAAAUUAGUAAAGCCCGCUGGCUGGUGCUGUGACACAGGGAAGCUGUUUUUCUGUGAAAGGGGACCUGGCUUCUCCCCGUGUGCCGAAGACUCGCCUGCGGUGAGCUCCAUGCCUCUGGCAGUGAAUUUCAGGGCCGUGUUUCUCUUCUUCGUGACCUCAGCUUUUUCUGUCUUUCAAAACCAUGGGGUUUCCUUGAGAAGUUUUGGCCUAUUUACUACUGAAGUUGAUUAGAAACUUUUUUCAACCUUCCUCCUGGCACGUUAUUUUUUUGGAUUUGUCCCUGUUUCUGGUUUUAUGAUGGUUUACUGCUCGGCGUUGAACUGCCAGAAUGCCACCAGCGGGGUGUACAAGAACAGUACCGUUUCUUUCUAUGGCUUUCCUUUACGAAAUAAACCUCUCCUGAAGCAAUGGAUUCACAACAUGGGCCGGGACAUCGGGACACCCUCCAAGUAUCAGCGACUGUGUUCGAAUCAUUUUGAGGACAGUUCUUUUGUAAUUGACCCCUUCAAAAUUAGGAAAAACAGACGCCUGCUGAAAGAAGCUGUUCCCAAAAAAUUCAUUUUGGGCGAAGAUGGAAACUGGCUCGUUGGCACACCUCAAAGUUUCUGUGGUAGGAUGAGUAAUAAAAUGCGAAAACGAAUCCGGAAUCCUGAGCACUUGAGGGUCCCUGGGACGUUUGAUAACGCUGCAGCAUGUACGGGGAAGGACGUGGAAGAUUGGCAGGAAGAAUUUUACAAGAAACUGAUAAAGGAGAAUCAUGAAUCUUUAACCACGUUGAGUAAAGACUGUCCUGUUCCCAAGAGCAGUAUCCAGUAUCCAGGAGCCCUGCAUGUCAAGGAGGAAAGGGAGAUUCCUGCAAGUCUUAACACAGGCUGUGGUGGUGCUGUCAUCGGAUCUGAGCUGCAGACUCACACAUGGAGUGCAGAAAAUACAGAACCACGGGGAUCAUUCUCAGGAGGAUCCCUAGACCUGAACGGGCAAAUUUCGGACAAGAGGGUGACAUCUAAGAGUCACCUGAAUUCAGCAAGGCAUCAGGCAUAUCGCAUGGGAAACAGAAAAGGUAACAGCUUUCGUGAGGAAGAAGAACCCGAUGAAUUCAAAGAGAUCCUUUUGUAUCAGCAAAGCCAUGCAAGAGAAAGACUCUAUCUGUGCAUGGAAUGUCACAAGUCUUUUAAGCUGAAAAACAGAUUUUGGAAACAUCAGCAAAAUCACGGCAUAAAGAGUCACGUAACAUCAUACAUCUGCACGGAAUGCGGCAAAAACUUUGGUCGCUACACAGAUGUGAUUCGCCACCAGAAGACUCACACGGGGGACAAGCACUACAAGUGUAUGCUGUGUGUAAAAAGCUUCCUGGAAAUAGCGAGACUCGCUAAUCACCUGCAAACUCAUAACAUAUACCUGUAGUCACUCUGCCAGAAACUUUCCUGGGAUAAUUUUUUUCCAUUUGGUUAUCAAAAAAAAAAAAACCAAACCCCAAAAAACAAACCCCUUCUCCAUCCAGAGGGCUGAUAGCCAUUAGUAAAUUGAAUUGAGUUCAAACUGGAAGGCAGUCUGGUUGGUGCCAGCUUCAUAGUCAUUGAUUAGGACCUGAUUUUAAUUAGCAGCUAGAUGAUGUGUAUCUAAGAGAAGGAGUUGUAUAGAGCAGCACUGAGAGUACCAAAAACCUUAUUAAAAAAAACUUCUGGCGCACCGAACGGCACAUGCUAGGGACUAUCUGUAUCAACACAGAAAAAUGCUGGAAGUUUUUUCAGGUGUGAGAAAACUGAGAAAAUGUCACGAUGGGAACAGGAUUGCCCGCAGAGCUGGAAGCACGAAAUGCAGCUUCUGAGACUCUAGGUUAAGGUGAAUGGCUGGGUUUGAUGUUUAAAAAAAAAAAAAAA